GAAGGAAUAAGUUUUACCAUAUUUUUUAUUAUGACUGGCCUACAACAUAUUUAACGCAGAUAAGACACUUCAUCACAAUACAUAUGUACUUACGCAGACACGAACUAACACUUUCAUCACGCACGCUUUACUUAUCAUUUCUCUCGCCCCCUCACCCACUUUCAUAAAUUACAACAUGGUGAUGAGACACUUAAAUAUUCUUAGUAUUGAAAGAUUUAUAAUGUAAUGUACUAGAGAUAAUAUCAGGGCCAUAACAUUUAAACAUCUAUUUGAAUAAUUAACAAUAUACAUACAUUUGCUUCAAUUUAUAUCAAUACUUCACUUGUGAUAGUGCUUGACAAGGAUAGCAUUAAUACAUUUUGAAACAUGUAUUUUCUUCAAUUGUUAGCGUUUAUCAUUUUGUUUUUCAUGUACAAAUCACAUAGUCUCCCAGACGGAUUCUGUAGCAGGACAGAUAGUAAACAGAUUUUAAGAAUAUGUACAGAGGACCGGAUGCUAAAUACAAAAACUGCUUAUAUUGAUACUAUCCAGGCUCCUAAAUUUAGAAACACAUCUUGUGAAUGUCACAUCUUACCUUCUAGUUACUACACUAUUUUGGUGUUGAGGAUGAUAAAUAUCACUCAAGGGUCACAAUUGAAAUUUGAAAUAAUGGGAAAUGUUUUUGACAGAAUAACUAGAUCACGUUUAGUACGUAUCCAGGGAAACACUAAGCUUAAGUUUAUUACUCAUACAACUCGGGAACAAGAGGGAGCUUGUCUCGCCAUCUAUCCAAAAAAUCCAGAUGACACAUUCAGUAUUCAUUGCACAAAUGUUGUUACAACAACAACAACAACAACAACAACAGAAAAGAUGCCAGUUUCAAAUUCAACUAGUCAAAUGACUCAAACCAUGUCUUCUCUGUCAUCAAUAUCUAAAUCCCACACAUUGUCGACAAAAAAACAGAAGUCUACAAAAGUCGGUCAUGAAAAUACAGCAGACAACGGAAGUAGUGGCAGUAAAGGUAUACUCUAGCAAAUUGAAAUACAAUGUAUCAUUCAAAUUUAAAAAUCGCAGAAGGUUUGUAUCAGUUAAUGUAAAGAUUAUAAAUUCAAUUGUUUAGCACAUUUUAUAAUAAAAAAACAAGGCAAUACUUAUUUAUUACAAUAUUUAUGUACGAUUGAUAGCAACUUUUGUUACGCAAAUGACAUUAAGAAGAAUUUUUAACUGACAACUGCGUGUGACAUACAUAAAUAUGUUGAUUUUGAUUUCUGUCAUUCAACGAUUAUUUCAAAAUAGCCUUUAUAAUUUUUUUUAGCUCAAAUAUAUUUUAAUAUACAAAUGAAAAAGAAUCAACACAUAAAAGCAUGUAAUAUACGUUAAGAUUUUUCCUAUUUUUUAGUAUUUUCUAUAGGUCUAGUUGCUGCGCUUGUCGAUGGUAUUCAUUUGUAAAUACGUUCCUGUUUCUUCUAUUUAAGAUACUUAUAUUCCUACAAAAUUAUCUUAUAAUUGUAAAGUUAUUUCAACAAAAAAGGUAUUUUAUGUGACAUAAAUGUACUUGUUUUACUUGACAUGAUAUACUUUGAAAUGAAUUGUGAGUACAUUUUAAUGAAGUUUGAAGUUUUGUAUGUGUAGCAUAUACCUUUACCGCGAUGUUGAAAGAAAAGAUCUAUUUGAAAAUCAAUGGGUUUAGCAGAGAUGUUUGGACUUUUUUAUUGAAAAUACAUUGCUUUGUAACUUGUUUGGCAAUUUCUUGGUUUGUUUUAAAAAAUUUAAACAGACACCUGUAUAUUUGUAUUCAUUUACGAUUUCUAAAG